GUUGCUGGCCAGAUCGCAGGGAUGGUUGGCUUAAUGGUGGUGCAUCCUAUCGACACCGUUAAGAUAAGGAUGCAAGCCAGAGUGAGCGCGCCUCCGGUCUCAGCUGUGAGCACCGUAUCUUCGCUCAUGCAGCGCGAAGGGCCGAUGGCACUUUACCGCGGAAUUGGCGCGCCGAUGGUCGCGUACGGUCUCAUCAACGCCGUCGCAUUCACAACCCACACGGAGGUGGUGCGCCUUCUGAGGGGCGAGCUGGGCGGUAGCGGGGGAUCGCCGCUCCUGAAGGACCCGUACCUCAUCGGCCUCGCGGGAGGAGCCGCAGCGGGGUUCACGAGCUCGUUCGUGCGAGGCCCCGCGGAGAGGGUGAAGACGGUCCAGCAGGUUGCCGAGUCCAGCUGCGGGACUGGCAAGGUGCCGGAGAAGUACAGGGGGACGAUUCGCACAGCGGCGACGUUGGCAAAGGAACACGGCCUGCUGAAGGGUUGGUUCACGGGUACGGGCGCGACCGUGGCUCGAGAAAUACCUCAGUGCGCGGUGUACUUCCUCACCUACGAUUCCAUACGGCACGCCUGCGAGAAGGCGGCUGGGCCCGGGUACGAGACGGCUGGCAUAGUCCUGGCAGGCGGCAGCGCGGGGGUUGUUCAGUGGGUGGCCACGUACCCUCUGGACGUUAUUAAAUCGCGGAUGCAGGCGUUUCCACCCGGUACUUACAACGGGUUCUUGGACUGCGCGAUGAAGAGCUUGCGCGCGGAGGGACCUGGGGUAUUCGUGCGGGGCCUUGAGAUGGCGCUGUUGAGGGCAUUUCCUCUGCACGCAUCGAUAUUUCUGACAUGCGAGACGAUC